AUGCCCGCACCACUGGCCAAGGGAAUCUUGAUUUCUCUCUCCAUACUUGCCGCUGUCGGGAUCGCAGUGUAUGAGAACCCUCAAGUUAAGGAAUGGGUGGAAGAACAACGACGCAAGAUCACCGAGUUUCUCCGCACCUUUGGAGAUGAACUUGACCCGCAAUCACGACGAGAGGCAGAAGCAUUUGCCUACGAAGGACGUUUACCUACACAGACUCGCGAAGAAGCUGUCGGCACGGCAAAUGCUAUCGCUAGGGCUACUGGUAGAGAGACUACGGACGACUCGAUUACUAGACGAAACAGGACAAGCCUCACACCGCAGAGUCCUGAUGAAGCCGAGGAGAGGAGGCGGUUGGGUAGAGAGUACCUGGCCAAGAGGAAUCAAGAGAUGCUCGAUCUCAAAGAGAAACAGAAGUUGAGAAGGAGUCUAUCAGGACUGUCAGACAAGACACCCUCUUCACCGACAUUUGAUCAGCUCGUAAACGUCGACGGUUCCUUGAAGACGGAUGAGAAGGACACACAAAGAGAAGGCGAGGAGUUCAAUGAGAAGAUGCUUGACCUCCCGUCAGUACCCACCGAUGAGCCCAAGUCUCUUCGAAGCAUAUCUGUCCCAGAAGCCACCAAAGUAGAGACAGCUUUCAACUCAGGAUCUCGCUACGCAAACCCUUUCGGCGACGAGUUCGAACUCUCAGGUACACUCGACUCACGCUCACCAACACCAAAGCCGCCAGUACCUCCCAAGAUUGCCAUCGAAGACACAAACAAGCUUCGCAAGCUGCCUGUCACACAAAAAGAGCCCUCGGUCAGACAAAUCCCGGUGUUGGGCUCAGACGAUGACAUGCCUACCAACCUCAGCUUCGAAGAACAACUGGUACGCGCCAUGUCGAUCAGUCUAGCAGAAAGCGAAGAAGCUGCCCGUCAAGCUCGUGCUUCAGAGCAGGAGCAGCGGGACAAGGAGUUUGCCGCCGCUGUCGCUGCUAGUCUGGCCGACGUCGAGAAGAUGAGACAGAAGGAGCAGCAGGAAGAGGAGCCGACAAACCUCACUUCCGCCCCUGUCGUCCCUAGAUCUGCUGCCGACUACACCGACGAGGAAUUGUACACUGCAUCGCCCCUAAUCACUCCCCGUCGCCCAGCAACAAUCCCUGCACCCAUGGUCAUCCCACCUUACGACCCUGUCCACGAAGCUGCUGCGGUCUCCACCCAACAGCAACAACCACAAACGCCCACCACCGCCACCUUUUCAUCCCCCGAAGUCGAACGUGACGCCAUUUCACUCUCGUCUGCUUCCUCUACCACCGACGACUUCGCCUCUGCUUCUGCCAGCGUAGCAGCUAGCGAAAUGAGUCUGAUCGACUUUGGCGAGGUAGAAAGUGUGGAUAGUGGUGAUGAGAGUGAACCUGAUGGUGUCUUGACGCCUGGCAGUUGGACUGAUGUGGGCAGUGAUGUUGGAAGCGAGGAUCACGAGCAUCACAGACUUGCUUGA